AUGUUAGCUCCGAAAGCGGCAAAAUCCGACAAAGGGCAAAUCGACAGUGAUCGAGCUCCAAACGGGUCAAGCUCAGAUUUCUCUGAAGAUGAUACUCCUCUCGCCGUACGAUUGAACACGCAAGGAACUAGCAGGCCGAAUGACACAGGAAAGCCACGUAUAAGGCCUUUUUUAUCUAAGAGAGGGGCAAGCUUUGUUAUUCCCCGGAAAAAGAAACAGACAAACGGUAAUGCUUACUGAGAUUUGUUGCUGAUUUGUUACGUUGAUCAUUUCCAAACUCGUCUGAUUUUUCACGUUUAACCAAUGCAAAUAAGCUCAUACCAUUUUAUACUUUUCCUUGCAAAUCAGAACUUCUCCAGGUUUCAGAUUUUAACUCGAGAGAUGGAAAAGAGUUGCUUCGAAAUGUGGAGCAGUCGUACAGAGAUCCAGCUUUGGGAGCGACGUUCAAGUUUGAAAAACUUGAGCUCGUACAUAACGAUAAAUUGUCCGCAGAGGUAAAAACAAAUAUUGUUUGAACCAAUUUUUACUUUCUGUAAACAAAACAGCAUCAUUUGAUCUUUAUGUAUCAUUUACGUCUGUUAUUACAUGUUCUAUCCCUACAGUAUCAAGAAAAGAAGCAAUCAAUGAGAAAUGAAUGGCGAAAUGCACGAGAACUUGAAGACAAAUUUGCGUUCCUGUACACGCUUGAACGCAACGAGGUAUGUUACGUUCUUUAGGUUACUUUACCGACGACACCUUUGUAGUUCUGCAAACAUAAACUGCACUUAUAACUUAGCCGAUUCAUUCAUUUCCAGUUGGAUUUGGCAGUUUACUUCUCCGUUAUUUUUAUUUUGCUAGUGGGCAUAUUAAAAUGUUGAUGAUUUCCAGGUAGUUUUUAAGCGCUUACGAACGAAAAUUAUUUUAAUUUUGUCAAGAGUAGACGCGUUAUUUCGUGAUUUUCGGCAUAUUUAUUCCGCUUGAUAUCUAAGAAUGAUAAGCUUAGAUUGAAAGAUGACCAGUUUUAGAAAAGAAUACGUUUCAUGAGAUGAGUUGAGGUUGAAGAGGGCGCCACAGCCUACACGUUAUUAAAAUAUCGUAUGUUUGUGUCUUCGGUUUCCAGAAAAAUUCCUUGUUUCCUUUCCUGUUUUUCUGCCCUUUUUAAGGAAUGAAUUUAAUUACUGCUCAGUUUAAGCAUAAUUAUUUUUUAAGAGCUUAACCAAAGGCGUUGUCAAGUAAGCCAUUAUCUGGAAAACCAUCUGUUCAUGUUAGGGUGGCAUGAUAUUUUUUUUAACAGAAUACAGCUUUGCACGUAGUUUGUUUGGAAACGUUUUGGAUAAAACCGAAAUUUUAUCUUGAAGUAACAAGCAAUGAUCAAAUUAGAGGAUCAGUAAAAAUAUUGAAGAAAGUGAAUUUAUCUGGAAACCAUCUGCCAUGCUGUUGUCCAUAUCACAGCAGGUGGUUUUGUAUUAUUUUUGUAGAUUAUUUAGUGUAGCAUUGCAAUAUUUUAAUUCUGAAAAUGUUUGUAUGUAAGUAGUUUGUAUUUUAUCAGAAACGCAUAAGGGGUUGACCCCUUAUGAGUUUCUGAUUUUAUAUAGAACUGAAAAUAGUAGUUGUAUGAACUGUAAGGUAAAUGUGAUCAUACAAAUGUUGUCAGUUGGUUUCUGCAAAUUAAGCGUACAUGUAUAUCAGGUGCCUCAUUUAUAUGCUGUCUUGUUUUGUUUGCCAUUAUACAGUGAAACCUGUAUUAAGCGGACACCCUCGGGGAAUGCUGUAGUGUCCGCUUAAUACAGGGCAACCGCCUAAUACAGGUUUCAAUAGAAAACGUCAUAUGAGGUGUCAAAUGCCAUUCAAAUGAACAGUGGAAACGUUUACAAUACUCCCAGAGACUAUGAUGAUAUACGUUUGCAUUAAUUACUUUAUUUAAAUUGACCAGUUGAUCAAAGUACCACAAACAUAGAUUGCAACUCAAAUUUGAAGACAUCAGAUGAGUGAAACAAGGUCUAUACAAACAAAACAAAAUAGAAAACAUAACUGUCUUGUGAAACUAAUCAAAUAAGUUAGUCAAGUCACUUUUUUUUAAGGUAAAAAAUUUUCGCAUUUUCAGUGUCUGGCAUGUUGGGUGGUGGAAUUUAAUUACAAGUGUCCGUUUAAUACAGGUUGGAAACAAUAGAAAUGACCAUUUCAGGUACUUUUUAGGUGUCCGUGUCCCCUUAAUAAAGGUGUCCACUUAAUAAAGGUUUCAUUUAAAGUAAAUAAGGAAAAUAAAUUUGGGGACUUCGGCUACUGUCUGCUUAAUAGAGGGUGUCUGCUUAAUACAGGUUUCACUGUAUUGACCAGCAAUCCAUGCAUAUGGACUGUCUUUCAUUUUCAUUGGAAAGUUGUUGAUUAUGCAGAUUGUGCUGCCAAAUCAUAUCAAUAGUGGACAAAUUUCCUCUAUACUUGAGUCUUAGGGGGUUUUUACAUGAGAAAACUCGUACCAGCGCAAGUUUCAUACCGGGAUGACUUUUUCAUUUUGUAUCGCGUUUACAUAAUGCCUGGGUCAUUUCAUAUCUCAAUAUUUGAAGGUACACUUCAAGUUGAUAAAAUACAUAUGUGAUUCAAAAUCGCAAACAUUGCGCAUGCGCUACCCAUUCCAGUCUAUCAGCAGACUGAUUUCACACUGAAACGUGUGGUCAGUGUGCAUUUACAUGAUACCGUUGCGAGAUUUCGUACCAGAGUGAAAUUCUCACCCCAACAACCAGGGUGAACUCACACCAGGGUAAUUUGCCCUGGCAUGACAUUUUAUGGUGGUAUCAUGUAACAAAUGUAGAGCCAUGAGAGGUUGCAUUUUUUGUAUGAACCCUGAGGGAGGUGAGCGAAGGUGAUGAAAAGUUUUAAAAAAUAUAAUCACUGCAUUGGUGUAUUUUACAAUUUUACUGUUAUGAGUGACUGAAUUGGUAGAAGUAAGGGUGAAGGUGGAAACUGCACUUUUGCAUGGAUAGAAUUUAGCCUAUUUCUUCACACCAUAGUAGUGAACACUUACAUCUUUAACAGGCUAAGAGAAUAUGCGAGUUGGGACUGGAAGUCGGUUCAUCAUCUCUAUCUUGUCUGGGUGACCCUUCAAUGGGUAAGCAACUAAGUACCAACACAUUUAUUUGUAUGUCGUGGUGACGAUUCUAACAAUGACAUAACUAAAUUUAAACCUGAAAUCUUUGGUGUCCAAGAGGGUACUUCUCUCCUGUUUGAUAAUAAUAAUCUUAUUAAACUCUUUCUUGUUUGAAUUUUCCCAUGAACAAUUAAACAAUUUUGCUACUUAUUCCUCUUGUCUAAAACAGGUUUUAGGAUCUGUUUUUGUAAAUAUCAAGGCUCUUAUCAAGAACUGGGGGCCAAAAAUGUUUACCUGGGCCCAGUUUGUCAAAAGAUGGUUAAGCAUAACUCAGGAUUAAGCCAAAUUUUAAGCAAGGAUUUCUCGUCUAAGAACAUGUAACUCAAGUGUACAUAAUGCAGGAGAGCCUUUACUCCAAGGUACAUUAAUGUUAACACAAAAUGUUACUCUAAGCAAUGCAUAGGAAGGUAAAUACACAAAUGGAACAAAAUUUAAUCCUGGAUUAGCCCUAAUAAGCCUUUCAAGAACCAGGCCCUGGCUUUCAAUUUUAUUGAUAGAAAAACAGUGGGUCAACAACAAAACAGUGAAUAACAAACACCAGGCUAUAACCCUAAAACGUCUUCAGGAGAACUUUUUUGCCUUUGAGCACUCAGUUCUGCUGGUUAGAGCCAUCACAGCUUAGUCAUCACUGUUUAUCCUUUUUGCCAGGUGUUUACCUUUGCCGUCAUGCUGAUGUAAUUUCCAGGAAACCUCUACCUCUUGCUGCUCUGGGAUACUUGAUUAUUUUCAAAGUCAUUAAGGUUUGUGUUACAACCACUUCAUUGCCUUAUUAACAAACAUGUUUAAGUGAAAUUCCUUACCAAGUUCAGUUCUUUUGAGCUUUCACUAGACUUCUGUUGUUUAUUAAUAAUUAAUUAAUUUUUUAUGCCAUCAUUCAUUCACUUAGUGAUAAAUUUAAAUUUAUGUGUACAAAUUCUCACAUUCAUGGCUGUAUACACAUCCACAAUGUUACUGAAAUGUUACAUCACUAUUCUUAAACUACUCAGCCCUCGUAUCAUUGUCUUGCUACAACAAAAUUAUUCAUGCAAAUCAUUAUGGUAAAGACAAUGUUUGAACAUAUCCUAAUACACAUAUGCUUUGCAUCAGAACUGCUCUUCAAGGUUUUUAAAUGUAAUUUUAUUGCACCUUAUGUUUGCAGGGCAAGGUGAAACCUGUCACAGAAAGAACAGCUGGUACAGACUUGCUUGAACCAACACCAAACUUUGAUUGUCAUAUAUCAAGAUCCAUUCAAAACCUUCCCGCCAACACUCCACUUAGCCAACUGUUUGAUUAUUCCCAGGUACUUCUGUCUUCUCUCAGCUUCUUACCUGUCUUUGCAACAGGCUUUAAUCCUGGUUCUCAUAUGCCCCUGUUGUACCUGCGACAUAGCCGUGAAUACUGCCUGCAUUACUGCUUCGACGUAUGGGAACAUGCACUGCCAUUAACAAGAAACAUUGCAUGUCUUUACCUCUGGAAUGCCUGUGAAGUUGAACCCAUGUCAACUUUGUAGGUAUGUCAGCAGUAAAGACUGGGAUGGCCUCUGUUAACAGAAACUUCUGUUUUCAUAUGGGAACAGUAUCCAAGGUAGUAUUGGAGGCUACAUCUUAGGGUGCUUGACGGCAUAUGAGAACCAGGCUUAAGAGCUAAUAUAAGUGGUGGCUAGAAGGGUGAAGGAAGCCUUCAUGUGUUCGCUGAGAAAAGGAGUUCUUGUUGUACCCCUACAGGGUUAUUUUUCAAAUUGGUCUAUGUCAAGGCACUUGGACAAGGUUUCAAGAGUAACUGGGUUGCCCAAAAUAGGCAGCUAUCAGUACAAUUCUUUGAGAAUAACAAACUUAAGAAAAAGCAGUCACAACAAAAAUUAAUGAUUUACAUGUAAUAAAUAUUAUAUUCUGAGACCUGUUACCUGAGAUCAGGUAAGAGUUAGGAAAAAACACAGAGUAGUCGUACUGAUACUGCUGAUCAGGAUGUACUCCCUAUAUACAUGGACAUUACAGAAAUGAAACACUUUUAGUUGACUUAAACUAACACACUGCUCUCUUAUUUAUUUUCAGUAUUAUUUCUAUGAGUUUGCUGAAGAGGGUGAUGAUUUGCAUGUUAAGCGACCGCGGCAGUGUCUGCCUUAUGCUGUUAUAACGUUCAGUCUUGGAGAUUUCUCUACAGCUUUUCAGGAAUUAUCAAUUGCACAAGUGAGUUCAUUUAUUUUGGUCAUUUGCUAGUGUCAUCUGUCAGUUGGUAUUCUGAGUUUCUAAUGUUUCAUUUGAACUACCUGUAUGAAAUGAUAAUGAUGGUGGUAAUGACAAUGUCAAAGCUCAGUAGGUCUAACCCUUUAAGCCCCAAUAUCCACGUACAAAUUCUCCAAACUGAUCUCUAUACAUUUCCGUCAAGAAGAAGUUUGGAUAAUUUGAUAAAUGAUCAAGGCAUUUUUCCUUAGGUGAUCAUUUUUAUUAAUUCUCAUAACCUAAUCUCUUGACAAUGUAUGGAUAUCGUUAGGAGAAAAUUGACAUUAGUUACUAUUGGGACUUAAAGGGUUAAUCAGCAGGGCCCAGUUGUUCGAAGGCCAAUUAGCGCUUAACCUGGGGGUUAAAUUUAACCCGGGUUUCUCUUUCGUGUGUUCAAAAGAAUUUUCUCGGAUAAUUUUCUCUGUUUUUUUUAGAGCUUCCAAUCAUCAACGUGUUGACAAAAAGAAUUAAAAUGGAAAUGCUUUUUAAACUUUCAAAUCUGAAUUCAAAUCUCACACUAACCCUGGGUUAUCUUAACCCAGCUUUGAACAACCCAGCCCAUAACAUCAACUCUGCACUUGCAUUUACCUUCCUGUUACAUUUGAUUUCUUUGCAAUCCCUGCUUGACCAGGUUAUAAAACUCUCUAAUGUGACUUUUAAUGGAGGAUGUGCAAAGACUUUCACUUUUUCUUUUGAAACUUAGAUGUGGUGUCUUGACCAGGUUAUUAAACUCUCUAAUGUGACUUUUAAUGGAGGAUGUGCAAAGACUUUCACUUUUUCUUUUGAAACUUAGAUGUGGUGUCUGAUAAUUAACUCUUGGAAAAAUAAAUGAGUUUUGACUUGUUGUCUUUGCUUCCCAUGUUGAUGCAGUUGCAUUAACUCCCUGAUGUUGAUUGUUGUUGUCUCUGCAAAGCCGCUUAGUAGGAGACAAUAAUUGAAGAGCCUGGCAGUAAAAAGGCAGAAUUUGCUAUUUUGCUGUGAACUCCAAAUGGACUUAAAUGUGGCACAAACCUCUGUUUAUCAUGUACUUAGUUUAAAGAAAAAUUUUAAAUACCAAAAACUAGCAUAUUACUGUUGUGUCAAUUACUGCCAGAUAAAGCAAAGCAUUUAAAAAGUUUCUGUUUGUUGUAAGUUGAGAAAAUAUGGGAUGAAAACAAGUCCUACCAUCAUCUUGCUUCUUGAUAUAAAAUUAGUGUUGCUCAGCUUCUUUUGUUUGUUUGUUUUUUUUUACAGGGCUGUCAUUAAGGGAUCCCCCCCCCCCAGCCACAAGAGAUAAAAGAAAUCCCUAGGCUAGCUGUUUGUUUCCUGGCCUCCUUGUUAUAUUUACUCAGCAAUUUGAAAUCUUGACAGCCCUAUGUGUCUGUUGUUAAUGCUACUAGAUUUACUUUGAAAUUGCAUAGAAAGACUUCCAAACUGAGCAAUGCCAGUGUGUAAUUUUAUAUUGUCUCUUAAAGGAUGAGAUGCCAAGCAAAGAAAACAGUGGGCUUUUAGGCACAAUCCCACCUUUAAUGAGACCAAGCACAAGUAAGUUUUAAAGGGACUGGUUCACGAUAAUGCACAUGUGUGAGUUUUGACAGUAGCUGAUUGUUUUUCAACCAAUCGGAAGCGAGUUUGAUGCACGCAAGUAAAUUUACAAAAUUCAAAUUAAUUGUUCCUGACGCGAGAGUAUUUCCGGGCAUUUGGUUUGAUUUUAUUUAUCCCCAUAAUUCAAGUUUAUUCUUUGCUACUCCUCAGAUAUAUGUUGCAGCCGAUAAGAAAUUUACCAACGUGUAUUUUUACGAGGUCGUACCCACGCUAACAAAACAGUCACCGAUCGGCAAACAAAAUUUGUAAACAAACAUCUUAUUACUGUUCUCUCAGUUCGCCUUAUAUAAACCCAGAAAUACCUGCAAAUAGCGCUUGACCGGUGACAAAAACACACAACAUAUGAGUAUAAAGAUUAUGUCAAUUGCUUAUCAGAAAUGAACAAAUUCAUUCGCGUUGCAUCGGGUCAGUGUUCCGCAAAACAAAUGUUAUCGAGUAGCACACAAAAAAGAAACUAGAUUAUAAACAGAAUAUUCAGGCAAUAAUUUAUUUUAAAAACAUCAAUUCUUAAACAUAUACGAUCGUAAAGGAAAGAUACAAGGAACAUUUCAAGUGUACCAGAUCGGUGAAGAUCGUGCGGCCUGUUGCGGUAUAACUACAGGUCGGAGUCAAAAAUCAAAUCAAAGUUGAAUGAACUCAUGCCUUUAACCUCUUUCCAAGUGUUGUGUAUUGUUUUCGUAUGCCACGCAGUACUGCUAGAACCAUACCAGAUCGGUAGGCUAAGCUUCUCUAUCUCCAGAGACUCUUGAGGACGUCUUGUUGCCGGGCGGCCACGAUGCUCUUCUGAACCUCCAUGAUCGAAACAUUAUUUUUUGCAUCUUCUUAAAACGCAACCAGUCAAACGACACAACCACACGUUAAUCACCCCUACUGAAGUAUAACUAGACCAGCCAAAGCGACGGAUGUCCGAAUAAAACGAAGGAUUUUCAAUGAUUGUACCGGUAGUGGCGAUUUCAAAUUUAGUGUUGACCCGACAAAUUUAUUCUGAAGAGACAAACGGCGCGCAUGCGCAUUAUCGUGAACCAGUCCCUUUAAUGUUUGACUCUCGGGAAUUUUGCAGCAUCAUCAUGUUUAGUUUUCACUGAAUGCAUAUUAGUGACCUUUAGUUUUUAAGACAAGGAUGACUUUCAGGACAAGAUUUUCUCAAUACUAAGGAUUGUACGUGUGUGGACCAACUUCAUUUUGACAGAAAAUGGAAUAGCUGUCGUUAUUUUUAGUGAGAAUGUCGUAGUGGCGGAACAGGUCAUCACAUUGUUAGAAGUUUUAUCAUUUUGCGACUGGGAGACGGCUUCACCUCCUUCAAUAAAAAUAACUGUGCUGACUUUUCAAGUGGAAAAAAGUACAAGGAAGCUGUUAUGGGUGUCUAGUUUUUGAGGAUAUGCAAAAUACCUUUAGUUGAAUCUUGUCCUAAUGGCCGAACUGUUGCAUUGGAAUUUGAGGGUACAUGACACAUCUCAAGGCUUUAAACCCAAAGAAAGGAGUUAUUAAGAAAAUGGAGCAUAAAUGGUAUUUCAUGCAGGUGUUUAUCUCACGUAGCUGUAGAAAGACCAUAAAAACAACUAAUAAGCACUACAUCUUGGCACUUGACUGUCAAACGCAGAUCACCAAACUUGUUGUGCUGGUGGAUUGUUGACACUUGUGUAAGGAGUUACUUGAGACAUUCCCUUGUUCUGCAUUAUCAAUUUGUGUUAGUGUGUAACUGAUAUUGUCCCUCACCAUUACCAGGAAUUGUGGAAAACAGACAGGGAAGAACCAGCCAUGUUCUGUGGACUGGAAAGAUUUCCAACAAGGAUAGGAUCUUGGCCAACGCUCAGCUUGUCUGCCACUCUUUCCAGAAAAUCAAACUCCCUUUUGACAUGUAAGUUCAUACUUAACAUGAACAUCAUCUUUCUCCUUUUAGUUAUGUGGCAUUGUGUUUGUCAUUUACAGAAGCAUUUUGAUGAUUUCUUUUUCCAUUACAAGUCCCUCCCGCCCACUCCUGGUCAAAUAUUAUUGUAAGUCAUUCUAACAAACACAUUUUCAUUUCAUUUUUAUUGAUCAUUCAGAAUUUACAAUUUUGUUUUCUCACUACCCACAUAGCUGGGCAGCGUCAGUGUUACAGGUCAAAAUUAAAUUCAGGUUAAAAUCUUUUAACCUAGGUUGAUUCUAAAUUUUCUUUUUCUCCUAGUCCUAAUUCACGAAUAAGUAGGGCUAGGAGACAAAGGAAAUGGAGAUUCAACCUAGGUCAAAACAUUUUUACAUGAUUGAAAUUUUGACCUGUUACAUCAAAACAAAAAACAAUCUGGCAAGUGACAACUGAAUGCCUCCCUGUAAGCAGUAACUUACAGCAACUAAAACACAGCACAGUAAAAGAUGUUAUCAAGCAGUUUACACUAGACAGAGAGAAAACCUGGGUACAUAAAUAAUUCCUCUUUGAUUUCCACUUUCAAUUUUUUGUUUGUAUUUUAGUGGUGAAAAGAUUGUGAUGAAAGAGAAAAUCUCCUUUGAUCAGCUGAGGCCACUCUUAACCUUCCCACUUUUUCGUGCUGGUCCUCCAGUAGAAACAAAAAUCUGUAAAGGUGAGUUAAUAGUAUGAUCAUUAAUUGUGGAGUAUUUUGGUUUUUAUGAACAUCCUUUUUGCUCUACUUGUAAUACAAUGUAAGUUAUGUUGAUCAGAAUAAUAUGUAGUGUAAAUCUUGGAUAUGGAGUUAGGUAUGGGAAAAGAGGUUUUUUUUUGCAAGGGUGGGGGAGAGGGUUGUGCAUUUACAACCAAGGAACUUCCAAGGUCCACCCAUGUCAUCCCUUUGUUUUUGAGCCACCAAUGCACAUCAGAGAAUCGUAGACAGUCCUGGAAAUUUUAACGUUAAUAUUUUGAGUCUGAUCCCAAGAGGCAGGUGAAAUUGCAUGCUUUCAGUUAGUUCUAACACUAUUAUUUAUAAUUAUUGCUUUAAAAUCAAUUAAUAUUUUGUAGCAUCCAUGGCUGGUGAUAAAAGUUUCUUUUUGCACUGUGAUCUACUCCCAGUGGAAGACGAUCAUGGAAAGAUAAAAAAACUUGUCAAGUUUUUUCAAGAAAGAAAUUGGGUAAGUUAAUAAUUUAACUACAAAUGUAAAUAUUAAAAAAGAACAAGGUUUGGACCCUCUGACGGUCAUUUUCAAGUUCAGAAUAACAAGUAAAAAAAGUAGCAUGUGUUUAUAUACACUUGUGAAUGGACUUAUGAGAUACUGACUUAAAAGCUGUCAAGUAUUUAUAUAAUCAAAAGAAGCAAAGAUAACACAGUGAACAGUAAAAGUGAUGCUAAGAACGAUAAAAGAUAUGUAAAAGUGAAAUAAUCAAACAAAUAACUUCACACGGAUCGAGUUGCAUUGUUUCACUCAAAAUAUAAGAACAUGCUGAUUUUUUACUUGUUAACCGGAACUAGAAAAUGGCCGCUUGAUGAUCGAAACAUCAUCCUUUUUUAACGUUAACUUUUAUGGUUAAAUCCUGUUAGAAAAAUUUGUUGAUUCAAAGUUAAUAAUAAAUUAACUAACAUAGCAUCUGCUGCAUCUGGUUUCACAGAGGUUGUCGUGACUAGAGCUGGUCGCUUACAAGAGUGGUCGCAAGGAGAACUUCGACUUUAUUUACUUAAUAAUCCCAUAAUACAUUUAUAUACCAAGUCCCUCACGAUUUGAAAGCCAGCGAUGAUGAUUAUAUGACAGGACAUUAUAUGGGAGACAUUGGGUUGCCUUGGUUUUCAAGAUUGCUAAUUGAAGAUGUAUUAAGUUUGUGUUAAUGAACAGACGUAUGUGUCUAACUUCUCAACAUUGUCUCUCAACUUUGUCUCAAAUUGCAGGCUGGUAUUGUUAAAUGUCCUGAUGCUAACAGAGUCAUUUUCCUUAUACCCACCUCUCAAGUCACUCUGGAUCUUGGUAAGUUUGCUUUAUUCCAUUUUAUGUGAAGCACAUUUUCUGACACAGAUGGUAAUAGCACAGCUACAAUGAGGGACAAAAGUGUUGACACACUUCCAUAAAAUGGCCCCUUUUUGCAUAGUGGAUAUACUUAUCCCCUUCCCCUGUCUACCCCAACCCCUUCCCCCCAAAAUCAAUGUUGAAUUUUGGACCCUCAAGUCUUUUUUUUACUUCAGACAACAUUGAUUCGGGGGGUCGGGGGAUUUACGGCGUUUAAAAGGAAUGAAAUAAUAAAUGAAUGAAAUGUUUGUUAAAAGCACCCGUUUUAAACAAGUGUGUCAACUACUUUUGUCCCUGAUUGUAGUUUCUACUUGUAACAGCUAUUUGGUUUCGUCCUCAAAAUUUGCUGUUUUGGCGUGGAAGUAAAAGAUUAGAAUGGGCCAAGGUCUGAGCAACCAGUAAAUGAAAGGAGAGACCAACUGCACUCUUCUUUCUCUUGUAUAAUAGUUUGAAAGUUCUGAAACAACCUGUGGUCUGUUUCCUCUUUCCAGUAUUCACCCUCACAAUGGUCUUGCAGGUGUAACAUACAAUUAUUAUUGGGAACAUCAACGCAAGUGUUUUUUGUGUGCUUUUCCUUUUUUAAAUUAAUGUGUUUAUUUAUUUUAUCUCAUAGGAAUCACCACAGUAGAUUCUCCUGCAGCUCUUCAUGUUCUUCUUUUUGUAAAUACACAGAAAAAAUCCAAAGGUGAGAUAGGUAUUAUUAACCCUUGCACUGCCAAAUAUUGCCAAAAGGAAAACUUUAGUUUCAAAAUUUCAUCUAGAGAGUGGUUAUAUCGCUAUGCAGUAACUCACAUCCUGUAUUUAUUUUUGAAAUUAGUGCUUACUCUUUGUUAGACCAUGGAAGGCAGGGUGCUGAUCUGUAGAGGGAGAGAUCAUAGGUUUGAUCCCCUGUGUCCAGGACUGAAGAGACUGGUCUCUCAGGGAGAGUAGCCAGUCAUAUAUCCUGAAAUCCUCCUAUUUUUGUUCUAUUUGACUCAUUUUCCAAGUUAGAGUAGCUUGCUGAAUUUAAUGCAUUAGCCAGUUAAAAAAGUUUUUGCUGUCCAGGUCAUAAUAAUUAUUGUGUUGGAUCAAGGAAACAGUGUUUAAUGAGGAUACUAUCUCUUAUUAUUUAUCUCAACCUUUUUUUGUAUCUUCCCUUUUUAUUUAAAGACCCUUCAGUGAGAGAGGACAGCUCCAGAGAAGUGAAGACAGUCAUUCAAAUUCAAGAUGAGCUGAAAAGAUGUUUUAGUGAUAUCAGAGAGAUCCCCACUGAACAGAAAAGACUGAGCCUGGACUCUGUAAUACCCCAGGACAGGACUUCACAGGAUUCUAAAGGACCAGAGUUUGUUAAGGAGUUAACAAAUGAGCAAACAGCGUCAUGGAAAUAUGCCGUCGAAAACUGGCUUAGUAGACCACAUCCCUUACACCACCCAGCUCCUGUUGGUACAGCUAAAACAGCUGAUAAGCUGCCUUCUCCUUUACUUAGCAUUCCAAAGACUAGAGAACAACAAGCAGUAAUGUCACAAAAUAAGUUCAAUCAAGAUGUGCAAAUUUGUCAGACAGGAGGUGCAGAGCAACAGAGAGCAUUUGCCAGAACACAAGCUGAUGAUGGAAUAUCCUCGCAAUUGAAAGGUGACAGCAGAGUACGGGAGCAGAACACCGGACCCACUCUUGUGCCCCUAGUGACAAAGAAAGCAGAACAUAGAGAGGAUCAGACAGGAAGUGCAGAGCAACAGAGAGCAUUUGCUAGGACACAAGCUGAUGAUGGAAUAUCCAUGCAAUUGAAAGGUGACCACCGAACACCAGAGCAGGACACCAGACCACCUCUUGUGCCCCUGGUGACCAAGAAAGUAGAACAUAGAGAGGACUGGACAGGAAGUGCAGAGCAACAGAGAGCAUUUGCUAGGACACAAGCUGAUGACGGAGUAUUGAGGCAACUGAAAGGUGACAGCAGUAUAGGGGAGCGGGACACCAGACCACCUCCUGUGCCCCUGGUGACAAAGAAAGGAGAACAUAGAGAGGACUGGACAGGAAGUGCAGAGCAACAGAGAGCAUUUGCUAGGACACAAACUGAUGAUGGAGUAUUGAGGCAACUGAAAGGUGACAGCAGUAUAGGGGAGCGGGACACCAGACCACCUCUUGUGACCCUGGUGACAAAGAAAGUAGAACAUAGAGAGGACCCCAGACUCAAGAGACAUUCAGUUGAUGGUGAACCUAGCCCAGAAUUAGAAUCUCCUAAUCCAGUCAAAGGUAAUGACAGUAUGCCAUAUAAUGCACAGAAUGCACUAAUGGCACAAGGUGUGAUUUCUUCUUCUGUCUCAACAUCAACUUCAUCAGUGACAAAUCAGCAAGUCAAUUAUCAAGUGAAUGAUGAUUUUGUUAGAAGUGUUUUGGGGAAAUUACAGCUUUCAAAGCACAAGGACUUGGCUUAUCAAGUUAGUGUCAAUGAUGGUACAAGAAAAGCUUUAGAAAUACUGAAACAAAAGGAAGAGUCAAAGACAAUCACUGCUGAUGAUGCAAAAAAAGAUGAGGGUAAGUUGGUCACUGCUGUAAGAAAAAAUGAUGGGAAGUCCCCGAAGAAAGGUAACUUAAGUGUCCCAAAGGACAAGGAGAAGCUAUCUGUCAAAGAAAGAGUCGCAUUGCUUCAAAGGAAAGAACAUAAGGAAACAAGGAAAGAAAAGAGGCAAGAGUCAUCGGAAAGACCUGAAAAGAAAAAGGCCAGGAUUUCCAAGGAUUUAGAGAAAAAUGAUGCCCCUGUAGAAAAGCCUGAAAAAGCAGUUGUACAGAGUCCAAUACCAGAACUUUCAGAUGACUCUUUCCCAGCCAUCUCAUCAAAAUCUUUAGAAAUGCUGAAAAGCCCACCCUCAAACGCUGGUCCGACAUCCAAAGCACCUAAGUUAAAGCUGAUCUUAAAACCCAGAAAUAGAAAUGAACCUUCUUCAGGGCAAGGGAUCAACAGCAGCAAGUCAUCUGAACAAAAACCAACAGAUGUUCCUGAUGAAACAAAGUUAGAUAACAGAGACAAGCCUGAUCUUGGGGAGGUAAAUAGGGAUAAAGGGUCCAUAGAUUCACCAGUUGCUAUGGAUCUUAGUCCUCUUUCUCCACCCUGCAUAUCCGGUUCAGUUAGCCCCAUAACUGUGGUGUCUUCAAAAGGGAGAUAUAAUCCAGUGGCAUCUUCUAAGGCAGCUCCCGCGACUCCUGUGAAUUCCACUCCAGCUCCAUCAUCGUUUCCUUUCAGCCCUCCUUUUCCACAAGGUCCAUUCAGAAGUCCAGUAUCACCUGUUGGGUUUCAUGGUCAAUCAUUGUCAAUAACUCCCUCAAGUGGAUCUGCUCCUUCCAUCCCUGGCAUUAAUCCCACCUCAUCAACACCAUCUAGUACCCCAAUGCCUUUUGUUCCUCCGGUUCCAGCUAGCCCUGUUUUAACACCAACAUCUGUUGCUCCACCACCUCCAGCUCUUCCUAUGGCUACCACUUUACCUCCAGCAAAUGCACCUCCAACCACUAUACCACAUGGAUUAUAUCCACCAGCCAUUAAUUCUAUGCCACCUAGAAUUGGGAGCCUGCCCACUUCUGUUCCACUUGGAGUAAGGCCUCCUGUAGACAGUCCUUUAUUUACAGUCCCUCAACCUCCAGCAUUCCCUGGAAAUGUUCAGAGGAGAAACAGCUUGGACUCGGUACCCACUAAUGUAUCACCAUCCCCUCGAAUGUUUCCACCGACACUGCCAGGUCAACAAUGGACACCACCUGCUCAAGGGUUUCCAUUCCCCCAUCCUCGUCAACCUGCAGUGAACAUUCCCCCAGCAUCUCUUCCAAGGCCUUCACAUCCUCUUACUAUUGUCAGGCCACCUGUUUUUGUACAGCAGUUGGGUCCUUCACCACAAGUAAACCCCCUAACAGUACAACAAGCAAACACUUCACAACAAUUUGGAUUUCCACCAGUGGAAGCUCUGAGAUUUGGUGUUCCACCAGCAACACCACAGCGAAUGCCUUUUAUGCGUCCCCCUUCAUUACCUAAUAUGGUACCUUUGCCACCCCAACUGGGUGGAAUUUCAGGGACCCCAAUGGCCCCAUUUUUUCAGCAAAUGUCUUUUCAGCAACGUCCUACAGGUUUUUGGCUUGCUCCAGUGAAGACCCCAGCUGUGUCGGAUGCCAAUUUGGGUAGAAUGCCACUUCAUCACAAUUCAGUGCAAAAACAGGCAAAUGGAUCAGUGCCAUCAUCGUCUCAUAAAAGCUCUGAUCCAGUAAAACGGUAUUCAAGAAGUGAUGAUGGUGCUAAAGGGGAAAGAGACGAUAAAAAGGUAGAGAAAAGUGUGCUUCAAAAGAAAAAUUCUGAUGAAAUGAACCCCAAAGAAGAAAAUUCUGUCAACAAACCCUCUUUGGAAGUUUACGAGGUGAAGGAACAUAUUUUAAACACAUCAGAUAUAAGUGAUGAGUGUGUCUCAGAAAGUGACAAAUUGAAAACAGUUAGUGCCACUGAAGAGAAAACAAGUGAAGAGGACGCCCUAGGUACAGAUGCUGGGAAGGAGUUGAGUGCUGAUCAUUUUGAACAACCAAGGGAUAAAAACCAAAUAAAAGACUUCAACAAUUUACAGGUGGAUGAGACACAUAUGCACGAAGAAACACCACUUGAACCGAUGUUGACUUCAGAUGCUCUUAGCAGUAAAAGUGAAAAGGAAUUGUCUGUUGUUGAUGGUGUAGAAGAAGACAAAUGUGCCGAAAUGAAAGAUGGAGACGAUUUUGUAUCAAGGAUGAGGAUCAGUGAAGCCCAGCAAGCAAGCCCGAUGGUGACUUCAGAUGCUCUUAGCAGUAAAAGUGAACAGGAAUUGCCU